AUGCCUACUACAGCUAGUAGCACACCUGUGCGUCGUUCACAGCGUAUCAAGGAGAUUGUCUCUUCACAACCCGUUGUUGAUGAUGAAACAAUUGAAGGUGACGGAUAUGAAGAUGAAGAUGAAGACGAAGAUGAAGAUGAGGAUGAAACCCCAAGAAAGAGAAGAAAAACUGGGCCAGCUGGUAAAGCGAUAAAAGAAGCUCCCUCAAAGAAAGGUAGAAAAAGCGCUGCUGAUACAUUCAAUGAGCUGAAAGAGAAUUUUGAAGAGAAUUACAUAUUUCAGGCUUUGAAUGAUGCUGAAGUUUCUAUCUCUGAAUUAGCUAAUGACUGGGUUCAAACAUAUAAAGCUCAUAAAGAUUUGGCUAAAAAGGAUUUGAUCAAUUUGAUUUUGAAUGCUGUUGGGUGUUUCACCAAAAUUGAAGAGCAUGAUGUUUCUAACAAUGAAAGUGCUUCAGAAACUGUGUCAGAAAUUCAAACAUUCUUUAAACGUCAAAAAAAUCAUGAAUUCUACCUUGCAUCCAAAAAACCAGCAUAUAAGCAUUUGAAAAAGAAUUUCAUUAAUUUCAUGAAUGAAAUCAUCUCAAUCAGUGAUGAAAAUGGGCUAUUGUAUGAAAACAUUGUUAUCAGUGAAGAAGAUGAUGAAGAUGUCGAAGAACCGGAAGAUUCAAACCUUAUGGAAGAUUUACUUAUAUGGCUGUCUUCCUUCUCCGUCUCAUACAUCAGAGCACUGAGAUACAUUUCCACUUUAUCAUUAUUGAAUAUUGAAACAACACUAUGCCGUAUUAUUGUUAAAGUCAAUUCAUCAUUGGAGAAAUUCAAACAUCAAUUAGAAGUUGAACAGAAAAAGGCUACAUCCACUUCAAAGGCUGCAAAGAAAAGAAUUGCCCAAAUAGAAUCUAACGUGACCCAAUACAGUAAUCAAUCCUUGAUUUUGGAAAAUACAAUUCAAGAUAUUCUCAAUACUACAUUUAUUCAUAGAUUCAAAGAUAUUGAUUAUCAAAUCAGAGUUGAAGCAAUGGGUGCCUUAGGUGAAUGGAUGGAUACUUAUCCUGAACUUUUCUUUAAAGUUACUUAUUUGAAAUAUCUUGGGUGGGUUUUGUCAGAUGAAAAUGCAAGUGUUAGAUCCCAGGUUAUCAAAACAUUGAUCAAAUUAUUGAAGAAAAAUAUCAUUGUUACAGGAUUAAGACAGUUUUUUGAAAGAUUCAAAACAAGAGUUAUUGAAAUUGCCUUCCAUGAUGUGGAUCAUCAUGUUAGAACUAGUGCUAUCAACCUACUUAUUGAAAUUAAUAAAGUUGGAUUUUUGGAAGAUGAAGAAAUAGGGAAAGUUAGUUCAUUAAUUUUCAGUUCAAAAGAUUCUAAAAUUAUUCAACUCGUUUCAAAGUUCAUUCAAACAGUGGAGUCUGAAAAUACUAAAGCUACAUUGGAAGCCUUAUCUGUGAAUAUCAAGAGUAGUGAAAAAUUAUUCCCAAUCAACUUGAGAGACUUGAUCAAAAUCCAUAACUUGAUUGAAAUUUUAACAGUUGCCAAUGAAGUUUAUAGUGAAAAUCAACCAAAACAAAGCCUCGUGAAAUCAAAUGACCUGAAACCCUCAUUAUUUGCUAUUGCUGGUAAGGAGCUUUUCGCUCUAUCUGCUUAUUCAGAGUAUUGGGAAUUCUUGAUUAGAUACUAUUUAUUAGAUAUAAGUUCUAUUGAGGUUGCAGAUGAUGAAUUAAUUAAAGCUAUCCAAUUAACUGCGGAACAAGAAACCAUAUUGUUUGGUAUCAUUCAUGGAAGUUUGAUCCAUUUGAAACAAGUUGAAGAUGAAUUAAAGAAAAAAAAGAAAGAUGAUGUUGAUGAUGCUUCAAGUCAAAGACUAAUCUCUCAUUUACCUUUAAUUUUGAAAAAAGUUGAAAAUAACGAUACAAAUUUAUCCACAUUUAUUCAAAUUCUUUCAAUUUAUAAUAUUGAAUUUUUUGAAAAUUUCAACCAAGCAAAUGUUUAUAAAUCCAUAUUCCAAGAAUUAACCAAACAUUUCAAAAACAAUUCAAUUGAAACAUUAAAGAAUGAAUAUAUUCAUUUAUUCAAGAUUUUAUCAGAUUCAUCAGGUUCAACCACAAUUGGUGAAAUUAAUGUCCUUUUCAAGGACACAAUCACUGAAUUAAUCAUUGAAUUUGAAAACUUGUUGAAAGAUUCAGAUUUUGAACUUUCAAGCUCAACCAUACGAACCAUCCAUGAAGACUACUCAUUCAAAUUAUUAGUCCUUGGGUUACAAUAUGAUAUCAGUGAAGUUUUCAAAACUUUUGAAAUGGUUAAAGAUAAGAUUUUCACAUUUUUACCAGAUUUUGAAAUUGAAGAUGAAGAUGUUGAACCUUUAUCAUCAUUAUUGAAAAUAUACUUAUCAUCAACUUCAUGGAAGUUAAAUUUCUUGCUACACACAAAUGAACCAUUAAACGUUGAAACUGAACUAUCACAAAUCCCUGUUUUCAUUCAAGAAAUUCAAUAUUUAUUAACAAAGACCAAUGUUAUAAAGUUUCAAACUGAGGUUGCCUCUGUUUUGAUCGAUUUAUCCACAUUACUCAAGAAUUUCUUCAAUGAACCAAACACAAACUUGACAAAUCUUAAUAGAUUUUAUGAUAUUGAUCUUUCUUCACUUUCAUUAUCUCAAGACACAAUAGACUCAUUGCUUUAUCUGUUCUUAUACAAGGAGGCAAUUUUUGCAAAUUUGAAUGAAGUGCAUCUAGAUAGAGAAGAUGAUGAAGAUGUUAAUUUGAAUUCUGUCAAAUUGGAUGUUUCUGAAUUGGAUACUGAAGAGUUAACUAGUGUUAAUUGGGAUGCUGAAAAGGAUAUGGUAGUUUACGGUGUGAAACUGUUAGGAUUGUACAAGGUUGGUAUUUUAAGUUCCAAAAUUGUGAAGAGAAUCGAGUUGAAUAAAGAAGAGUUGGGCGAUUUGUUUAAAAGUGUUUUCGAAGGUGUUAAUAUUAAUGAUUCAACUCCUGUUGCUAGUGCUGCAAAUAUUACCCAAUCAAAAGAGGAGGAACAAGAUGAUGAGAUUCCAGAGAUAGCUAUGGAUGAUUAA